GAAGCAAUUAGAGAGAGAGAGAGAGAGAGAGAGACAGAAAUAGAAUCAAAAAUUAGAUCUAAUUAUUCCCCCUUUUUUCUCUGCGAGCUCGCAAUCCCAUGGCAGCUGAUGUGAUCAUCCCACUCCCCAUCCGCUCCGCCUGAAUCCUCUCCUGGGAAAAUUAGGGUUUCUGCAAGCUCCGGAUUUUCGCUCCCCUUUUGGGGGUCCUCGAUUUGAUGAUAAGCCAUGGAUGCCUGGGGUCGUGCUAGUGUGCUGCGCGCGCUCCUGUGGCUCGCCUUGCUCGGGGUUGGCCGCACGGCGUCGGCGAGCGUCGUCCUGAUCGGCAGCAACGUCACCCUCUCCUUCGCCGCCGUCGAGGCUGAAUUCGCUCCGCCGAUUAAGGGUUCUGGGGUUUGCGGCGUGCUGUAUCUUGCGGACCCGAUCGAUGCGUGCUCUCAAUUGGUGAAUGAGGCCAACCGGUUGCCGAAUGCUAGCUCCCCUUUCGCCCUAAUUGUUAGGGGAGGAGGAUGUAGUUUCGAAGAGAAAGUUAGGAGAGCUCAAAAGGCUGGAUUCAAAGCGGCUAUUGUCUAUGACAACGAAGCUGAUGGCAACUUGGUGCCAAGUGGCCUGCUACGUGCAGUGGCUGGACAUUCAGCUGGGAUAAAGAUCCAUGCUGUGUUCGUUUCUAAAGUUUCGGGGGAAUUACUUCAAAAUUAUGCUGGUUCAACUAAUGUGGAGCUGUGGAUAAUCCCAAGCUUUGAAGACUCAGCUUGGUCAAUCAUGGCUAUUUCUUUUAUUUCCCUGCUUGCCAUGUCAGCAGUUCUUGCCACAUGCUUCUUUGUCCGUAGGCAUCGCAUAAGACGAGAAAGGCCUCGAGCUCCACGUGUUAGGGAGUUCCAUGGAAUGAGCAGUCGUUUGGUUAAAGCAAUGCCAAGUCUCAUAUUUACUGCUGUUUUAGAGGAUAACUGCACAUCAAGGACAUGUGCCAUAUGCCUUGAAGACUACAAUGUUGGGGAGAAGCUCAGGAUUUUGCCGUGUUGUCACAAGUUUCAUGCAUUAUGUGUCGACUCAUGGCUUACAUCGUGGAGAACUUUCUGCCCAGUUUGCAAGCGUGAUGCAAGAACUUGCACAGGUGAACCCCCAGCAUCUGAGAGUACACCAUUGCUUUCAUCGAGCCCUGUGUCUGUGGCUUCCUCCUCUGCUUUGUCUUCUGCUAGAUCAUCAGUGGCAUCAUCAUCAGCCAUCCAAAUAGCCAGAGCAUCACGUCCUCCAUCCGCAUCUCGUACUCCAUCUUUCUCGAGCACUUACAUGCAGCAGUCUUUUAGGUCCUAUAGACAAUCUCCUCCUCUGAGCAUUAGCCGUAGCUCAGCUGACCUCAGGAAUGCAUCGUCUUACCGGUCUCAAGGAUCGUACUUGGUUUCUCCCCACUCGAUGGGUUAUCCCUCUAUAUCACCUGUCAAUUCAAGAUACAUCUCACAUUACAUUCCAAGCCCGAGCAAUGCCUCCGCAAAUUUCAUCAGUUCUAGUCACCAGCAUCACCCGUUACACCACAGUGAAUCAGCUGCAAGUAUUUCACCUUUUGUUUCUGCUCAGUCCCUUCCAGGGUGUUGAUUGAUAUUUGGUUCAUGACAGAUUGCCUUUGCUGCUUGCUAUCCAAUCCAGUCUACAAGUCUCUAGCAAUAACGCAACGGUAUUGCUAAAUUUUACUGGAUCCAGUUAAAACAUCAGGACAUGUCUUGAUUGGGUUUGAACCUGAAUGUCACCAGCUUCCUUCCCAUUGUAAAUUGUACCAUGAGUUUUGAGUUUUUGUUAUCUGUUGGAAGUGACUGACAUGGUCCACUCGUUGAAUUUUGAUACGAAGUGUGUGCGUGUGAUGGCUGUGCAGAUUUAGUUUUCUAGUCUCUUUCUGUAUAGAAUAACUGCUAAUUUCACAGGUCUUAUAACCUACUGGAGUCUUCUACUCAGAGAGAUGCACUUAAUAUUAAAUCAGCACUGAGCUUUUUUCCGCCCUGAU